AUGGCUCUUAAAAGAGCUUCUACUUCGAGGAGGGUGUGGCAGUCCAGUUUAGACAAAGAGAGCAUGCUUAGGCAAAAGGCUAAGCAAAAGUGGCUUGCUGGAGGGGAUUCAAAUUCUAAAUUCCUUCACCAAGCUAUGAAGCAGAGGCAUAAGAGGAACUAUUUAGUGGCCCUUAAUUCGGAUGAUGGUUGGGUUGAUAAGGUUGUCAGUGUGAAGAAGGAGGUCAAGAGGCAUUUCGAAGAUAGGUUUAAGGAACUUGUUUCUUUAAGACCUUCUUUGUAUGGUCUUCCUUUUCAGAUGUUGGAUGAUAGUGAUAAAGGUAUGCUUGAGGCACCUUUUAUGAUUUAUGAUAUUAAGCAGGGUGAUCUAUUGAGAGUGGUGGAAGAGUUUCACAAGUCUCCUAGGGUUCCAAAAGCAGUUAAUGUGUCUUUCAUUGCUUUGAUCCCUAAACUUGAUAAUCCCCUUUCUCUUGAUGAGUUUAAACCUAUAUGCUUGGUUGGAAGUGUUUAUAAGAUUUUUGCGAAGCUCCUGGCGGAGAGAAUAAAGUGUAUGAAAGCCUUGGUUUUUAAUAGCUCUAUGUAUGUUCUUGUGAAUGGGAGUCCUACUGAGGAUUUCAAGGUUUUUAGAGGGCUAAGCCAAGGAGAUCCUUUCUCUCCUUUCCUUUUUCUAUUAGUGGCAGAAGGUUUUUCAGGCUUAUUGUUCCAAGCAGUAUCUUUAGGGGAAUUCCAGGCUUUUCAAAUGAAUGAGUUUACACAUGUUGAUCUUUUACAAUAUGCGGAUGAUACUUUUUUUAUCGGAGAAGGUUCUUGGACAAAUUUAUGGUCCAUCAAAGCUUUUCUUAGAGAUUUAAGUCGGUGUCUUGUCUUUUGGAAGGAAUCUUGGGUGCCGAUUGUCUCCAAAAUUAGAAGGAGGUUGGCGGGGUGGCAUAACAGAUUAUUGUCUAUUGGAGGUAGGGUGGUUCUUUUGAAUUCUAUUUUAUCCAAUCUCCCAAUAUUUUUCUUUUAUUUUUAUGAGGCUCCUAAAAUGGUUCUUAAAGAGAUUAUAAAGAUUCAAAGAAUGUUCUUAUGGGGUGGUUGUGAAGACGUUAAGAAAUGGUUCGAAGACGAGGUACAGAUGGAAAGAGGUCCAAAGAAAGAGUUAAAGGUUGUUGGACAUGGACUGAAGUUGACAUCUAGGGUUCCACUGGCUCUUCCACAAUAG